AUGGCUGGCGUAGUCCGGUGGCUGUUACCUUGGUUGCAAGCCGCUGCCUUGCGCCUUUCAGACUGGACGAAACCUGCGGGCUUGGCUCUGCCAUUGGUUGCCAUUGGGCCGGAUAGGGGAUUUUCAGGAAAGUACGCGAACCUGCCUAGCUUCUUGCAGUCCGAUGGACGCCACAUCUUGGUGCGCAGCGGCGACUAUGAGGAGCUUCCCAAAAUCGCUGCCGCAGUGGCAGAGGCGGCCCUUCCAUGGUCGGAGCUCUUCGUGUCUGCUCGUAUCCUUCCCGGUGAUCUGGGCUACGACGGAACCUUCCUGGCCGUGAAGCGACUGUUGCAGGGGCUGGGUGCACCAAGGAUUGACCUGGUCCUUGUAAGCUCCGGGGACAACGCUGAGGGGCAGGCAUGGCAAACAACGCCUCUGUGUGCUCAGAGUGAGUUUGGUUGGGAGCUUUGCGUGAAGAGUAGCCUGGCUGCUCUGGAGCACUUGCAGCUCAGUGGCCAGGUUGGACACAUUGGUGCUCAUGACUGGUCAGUCCAGAGCCUACAGACCGUUGCCCCAGUGCUCCGGGCGCCCUUGGCAGCUCUGGAGCUGACCUUUGACACCUUUGCCAACAGCCAUCUUGCUGCUUUGAAGCUCGGUCUCAUCAAGGGCAUCCAGAUCAUGAUGAUCGGCUUCGCCGAGCAGCCCGGCCGUCUCAUCUCUCCAAUGUUCAUCGGCGCUGGGACGCAGUCGGAGGCGUACGCUGGCCGGGCUUCACUGAUGUCAGCAUUUGCUACCUUGUCUUGGCUGCUGGCGAAAGAUGUUGUGGCUGUCAUGCCGGGUGAUUUGCUUGACCCUGUGAGCAUCUCUACUGUACAGUCACUUGACGAGAGCCUUAUACAUGGAUACCUUCGGGAUUACUUCGACGCAGUGUUUUGGCCAGGUGAGCGACGUCCCAUACUCUACGAGGCGAUCUUGGAACUGGGCACGACUUGCUCGGCCAAGCUUAAGGUCUCCAGCCCUGAAGAGUGCAUGGUGGCUAUGGAGGAACUAGAGGGGCCGAGUGCUCUGGCACCUGCCAAGAUUGACGGAACCAGCACCAGUGGCUGCUCCUUGUAUUUUGGCGGCGGUUGCCAUUCCAUUGACUGUGCGGAGGCCCACUUCGGAGAGACCGGGCAACCACGAGCCGUGCCAGUCUGCCAGAUUGAUGGAGCCAGGCCGCCAGCGCAGGGCAGGACGCUUUUCUUGAGCAUGUGUAUGGGGGCGGAGUAUUUCGACAAAUUUUGUGCUCCGUUUCUGGCUUCGUUUCGCAUGGUUUAUGGACGUCUACUGCACGGCUGGCACACCAUGCGAGUAUGGACAGUUGGUGUUGGGGCCCAACAGCUUCAGCAUGCAAGAGACCUGUUCUCUCCAGCAGGAGUGGAGUUUGAAGAGAGCAGCUCUGAAGAGUUGCGUCGACGAUUCGUGGAGGAGUACGGGCGCAGCGCAGAUGCUGACUACUUGAGCGAGGACAUUGGCUCGCCAGGCCUUGAUGGGCGAACCGGCUGCUUCGGCUGCCAAGGCUCUGAGUGCACUUGCGAUCCAGGUGCACACGAUGAGAAAGUCGUGUUCAACAACAUCUACUUCCUGCAAUGGGUCAUUCGUCAGUUUGAGGCAUCACAAAAUGAGGGCUACCAGUACAUGGUCUUCAUUGACUCAGACAUGCUGUUUCUGCGGGAUCUAGGCAGGUUCCUGCCACGGGAGCCAGAGACCACAGACUGGGACUACGCUUUCACGAUCUACGACAAAGACCAUGAAGUCCCUUGGGGUGGCAACGAAGAAGUGGCAAAGACCAGGAAUGGAUUCGUUCGAAUAAAUUCUGGAGUCCAGCUGUUCCGGUAUACCAAAGGCGUGAGGCUCUUUCUUUCUAACCUGUUGGAGAUCACCCGCAUCUUCAUGCGCUACGGAGAGACGAAGCAGCUUGCCGAAGAGACUUGGUUUCUCGAGGAGUUUCGAGCACUGAAUCAGGCCGCCAUCGCCUGGUUCGUGGGUUCAGCAAACUUACUUUACAAUGACUGCUUGGUAUGCUGGCCACGCACUAUCAGUUUUGACAGUGUGUCUGCAACUGGUGAGCAGUUUUCACUGAGCGCCCAGGGGUUGCCUGCCCGUUUUAUAAACCAGGCAGAGUCCGUUACCGACGGCAAAUUGAGCAGAGAGGUGCACAUGGUGCACCUGAAAGGUCUCUGGUGGCGCGUUUUGAUUCUGAACGCAACUGCACACUCGACAGCCACGCGUUGUUUUGCGUGGAACACUGGUGCAUACGAUCUGUGGAAAUCGCUUUACUUGGCCUGGCGGCCGGAGCUUGUGGUCACAACCAGCGUCCAUCAGGGGCAGCAAUGCCCAGACGUAUCUUCGUUGACUGCGUCUUUUUGA